AUGUCGCCAUGUUCGAAUAACACCAAUGGCUCGUGUUUGAACGAAGGCAUAUGCACUUCUGGCAUUUGUAUCUGUUCAAAUGAAUGUUUUCACGGUGAUCGUUGUCAAACAUACUACAAUGUACUUAGUCUUCCAUUCUCUUCCGCGAUGGCAGAAGACACUUCCGAUGCACACAUUGUCUAUAUUAUGUUGUUGACACUUAUAGUCAUCAUUGGACUUUUGAAUAAUAUUGUUUGUAUCGUCAUAUCGACACGUGAACAUAUUCGGAUCACCGCCAAUGGGGUUUAUCUAUUCAUAAUAUCGGCUAGUGGCAUUGUACGUAAACUAUUUCUGCAAACUGUGGUUUUAACGAUCAUCGGAUACGAUUCAUCAUCGUUACGUACAUGGUCAUGCUAUGUCAAUCCUUACAUAUCGUUGGUCAUAGGUUAUGCAUGUAUCUGGAUAAGUGUUGCGAUUGCUACCGAACGCGUUCUGAUCGAAUGUUUCAAUAUGGAGUUGUAUGAAACGCAUCGACAUGCGAUAAUAAUUUCGAUUGGAUGUUUUAUCUAUUCAUCGGUAUCAAACCUACCGAAAAUCUUUGCUCGAGAAUUUAUUCUUAGUCCAUCGGGAGAGUCAAUUUGCAUGUAUGAUUAUAUCUCACAUCCAGAAUGGAACAUACCAGAUACUGUUUUUUCUUAUAUCAAUGUUAUCGUUCCGUGUGCUGCUCAUUUGAUUUGUACUGGAUGCGUGUUAACAACAAUAGUUCGCCGCAAGAUACUCAUAUGCAAAAAUAGUCAACCGCAGCAGCGUCUCUAUCGUGUUUGGUUACGUCAGUUGUACUUUCAUCGAGAUUUUCUAGUCCCACCUCUAUUUCUCAUCUUUUGUCUUUUACCAAAUGCAAUCCACGGACAUUUAAUUGCGAUUUGUAUACAAUACAACAACGUCGCACAUCUUCGUCUGCACAUUGUUUGCAUAUUUCUACUCCAUCUUCCUUUCGUAUUCAUUUGUUUAGUGUAUAUCUAUCCAAACCAAUCGUAUCGGAAGGAGUUCCGGCACACAUGGUUCUAUCGAACACUGUGUUGCGGUUUAUCGCGAAAGGAUAAAAAGAAAGUGCAACAACGAUACCAGCUAACUGCCAAACUAACCCUCUCCGAGCUUGUAGAAAAGUCUAGUUCGCAAUGA